GUCAUCACUGAGCGACCCCGGCGGAGCGGCGUGUGACGUCACGGGCAGCCCGCGCUCCCGGUCCCUCCGCUCCGCUGCACGAGGCAUCUGCGCGUGCGCGGCCGUUGAACGGCCGGAGCCGGCCCUGAGGCGGCGGCCCCGUAUGUUUGCUCCCGCUCACCUCCGUCCCUUGUGCUGCUGCGCUGCUGAGGCUCAGAAAUGACUACCCCAAACAAGACACCGCCUGGUGCUGAUCCAAAGCAGUUGGAGAGGACGGGUACUGUUAGAGAAAUAGGCUCACAAGCAGUUUGGUCACUUUCAUCUUGUAAACCAGGAUUUGGAGUGGAUCAGUUAAGAGAUGAUAAUCUAGAAACUUACUGGCAGUCGGAUGGAUCACAGCCUCAUUUGGUGAACAUCCAAUUUAGAAGAAAAACAACAGUGAAGACAUUAUGUAUUUAUGCAGACUACAAAUCUGAUGAAAGCUACACUCCAAGCAAGAUCUCCGUCAGAGUCGGAAAUAAUUUUCAUAAUCUCCAGGAAAUCCGGCAACUUGAAUUAGUGGAACCAAGCGGCUGGAUUCAUGUUCCUUUAACAGAUACCCAUAAGAAGCCUAUCCGCACAUUUAUGAUUCAGAUAGCUGUUCUAGCUAAUCACCAAAAUGGAAGAGACACUCACAUGAGACAAAUCAAAGUGUACACCCCAGUGGAAGAGAGUUCUAUUGGUAAAUUUCCUAGAUGCACAACAAUUGAUUUCAUGAUGUAUCGCUCGAUAAGGUAAAAUUUCCUAAUGGUAAAUAAUAAAGACAUUUUUUUGAUGGCAGUGCUGUUGUUGAAAUAUUCGAAUACUUAAAAGCAAGGAUUACUUCAGUGUAAUUAUGUGUUUACAUUUAUAUUUUGUACAAUUUUGAAAUAAAAGCUGGUGUUACAGUA